AUGGCUUCCAAUAAUAAUAUAGAAAAUCAUCAAAUUUCAUAUCUUUUAAAUUUAUUUUAUAUAUAUAUAUAUGUCAAAGAACUUUAAAUAAAUUAAUAUUGUUAUGAAUAGCAUACUUAAUUAAUUACCUUUGAUUUUUUAAAGUAAAGAUUUUAUUAAGCCAAAGUAAUCAAAAGCCUGGAUAUUUUCGGAUAAUCAAUAACAUUAAAUAUUAACAAAUAGAAAACUUAUAAAACAGUUUUUGGUGGUAUAUCGUCGAUUUGCUUAAUCUUUAUUUUAAUUACUAUAUUUUAAUCCAACAUAGUAGACUUCUUCUAAAAAUCAGAUGUUAGCUUCGCUACAAAAACAGAAUUCGACCCAAAACCUGAUUAAAUUGUUAUGAAUAUUAAAAAUUAUAUGGUGGCCUUUUCAAUCGAAUAAGAGAAUUUUGUAAAUUAGCCUAUGUUUAAUAUAACGAUUGAACAAAGGUAAAAUAAAUUAAUAUUUAUAUAGACAUUACUAUAGAAAUCAACUAGGGAAUUUAGUAAAAUAGGUUGACUAUUUAUAAUUAGAACCAUGCACUCUAGAACAUUUUUAGUUUCUUAUAAAUUAAACUGAUUCUGAUUUUGAAUCACAAUUUAAUUAACUUGAAUUAAGUAAAUGGUUAUGCCCAUAGUAAUAAUUGUUCAAUAUUUUAGGAAAAAUUUUGAAUUUUAUAUGGAAGGAACAUAUACAAGCACAGAAUUUGAUUUUAUUAGAGUUAUUGUUAGUGAUUGUGAUGACACAAAAAGUGGAUACCUUAAUUGGAAACCUACUUGUGCUACUAAAUCUCAAAAAGAUUAACAUUUAAAUAAAGAAGGAUAAUUUAAAUUGUAAAUUUAUUAAGUUAACUCUGUUGUUAACCCCAAAGCCUCUGAAUAAUAUUAUUAAUCUUAUCUAGAUGGAGAAAUGUAUUUUACCUUUGUUCCACAAAAAUUAUCUAGGCAAGCAAAUUUGUUUUAUAGGAAAUAUUAAUUCGAAAACGAUAAUUCCUUAAUGCCCUUUUUUAAGUAUAUUAGAUACUUAUGUUAGGGAUAUACAUGAGAAAGAAUUAAUCGUUCGAUAGAGUGUAGAUUAUAGAGAUUUAACAGAACUUGGAAGAGAUACAGAUAAAAAUUAUGCUAUUGUUUAUCUAAGAAGAAGUCAAUUUUCAGAAUUUAUUUAUAGAAGAUUUAUGAAAAUUGACGAAUUAUUGUCAUUUUUAGGAGGAUUUUUAUAAAUUAUGAUUACAGGUUUUGGAAUAUUUAUUAUGUAUUAUAAUAAAUUAUCAUGUAAAAUAUUUGUUAUUAUAUUUAGUAUAAAUUGAAUUAUCAAAUAAAUUGUAUAAAUUCUCUAAAAGAUCAAGUAAAGCUGCUACACUUAAAAAAUCUGUGAAAUAAACUGCCAAUUAAUCAAUUUUGAAUGAAUCAUAAAUUGAAAUUAAAGGAGAUUAGCAAUCAAAAAAAGAUACCAACAAAAAAUAUGGAAUGAAUAUUACUCAUUCAAUUUUAAAUCUGUUUGAAAAAUCUUCAAAAUUAAAAUUAACACCAAAAUCUUUAAUUAACUAUUUGUCAUUUGGAUAUUUAUUAAAUGAUAAUGAUACAAAAAUUUUUAAAAAAGCCAUGUAUUUAAUAAUUUUUAUUUUAGGGUUCGGGUUGAUUAAAGUUUAGAUAUUUAAGAAAUAUUAUAUUAAUUGUAAGAAAUUAAUAAAUUAAAAGAGUUAAUGCUUAAAAAAUAGUAAAUUAUACUCUUUAAUUUUACAUAAAAACCAAAUCUCACUUUGGAAGAUGAAGAUUAACUUCCAAGCAGACUUUAGAUUGAACAAGAAUUAAAUGAAGAAAAUAAGGAGGAAAUAAAAAAAGAGUUAAUAAUAAAAGAUCUUUAUAAUGUAAUCUUUUAUUCUUUGAAAAUAGGCAUGGUUUGAUAUAAGAUUUGAUUAGACAUAAAAUUUGUGUCAAUAAGAAUUGAAUCAAAAGCUUAACCAAGAAUUAGGUAAUGAUAUUGAAUCAGUAUUUUCUGAUUAUGUAAAAAUUUAACAGAAUCAAAAAAAUUAGAAAGAAAGUUCUUAAAUUAUCAAUAAUUUAGAUUAGCAUGAGUUAAUUUAAUCUAAAAUAGAUUGA